AUGACUACUGGAGCCAGAUUGGUUCACCAAGAUGUCACAGGCCAUCAAUCGCAAUUGUCGUCACUGUCUGCUCCAGCUACAACUUCUGCAAUCAGCAUGUCUAACGGCGCUGGAGGACGACGCGAUGGCGAGACCACGGCUCUAACUGCGACAGGCGCCGCCAUUAAAGCAGCACAAAACAGCCCUUCCAACCGCUUCAUCAAACGAUACCGAACCGAAAUCGCCGCUAGCUCGUCCAGUGUAUUUUCUACCCUCGCAGCUUUCCCACUCGACAGCGUCAAGACGCGCAUGCAAACCUACCACUAUAAUGGAUUUCUCGACUGUGUUCGCCAAACAUAUCAAGCCGAGAAGCUUGGCGGCUUCUUUCGAGGCGUCACGGCUCCAAUGGCAAGCAUCACGCUUGUUCGCACCGUCUCCUUCUCGAUCUACCAACGUGCCAAAUACUCAUACUCGGCCUGGGUGAAACGAAAUUUUGGCUUUGAUAUUAUUGGCCAUGUCAAUCGGCACGGAACAUACCCAAAUCUUUACUCUGUCGCAUGCUUUGGCGCAGCUGGCGCAACGGCAGGCUAUUGCAUAACAUUCCUCGCCUGUCCUUUCGAGCUCACCAAGCUUAGUGCGCAGGUUUCCGUUCUACUUGCUGAGCGCGCUGCUAGCAAAGGUAGUCAUGCCGUGGCGGCUAGCUAUCAGAAUAAGGGUACCUUGCGGACAAUGGCCAACAUCAUCAAACAUCGGGGUAUUUUUGGGUUAUAUACUGGCCUCAGGCUUCAUCUUCUCCGCGACACCUUGGGCACAUCUAUCUAUUUCAUGGUAUAUGAAAGUGGGAAACAAAUCGGAAAUACCUUGGCUGGCGAUCACCCGAACAGCAACAAGGUAGCUGUUGUCGCUGCUGGAGGCAUGUGUGGCUUGGUUUCUUGGGCAAUGAUUUACCCUAUCGAUUCUGCCAAGAGCAUCUACCAGCGAAACUCCCUACUCUAUUCAAAGGGCGAAAAGGUCGAACCCGCCCCGAAAAUCGAGUUCUUCAAGCGCCACAUGUAUCGCGGCCUGGGCGUCUCCAUGGGCCGCUCCUGUGUCGUAAAUGCCAUCUUCUUCUCGUCAUUCGAGUUUGUAAAGAAGCAUAUAAACCAGAUGGACGAAGAGAAUCGAAUUUGA